AUUACCAGACAUGUCCAGGAAAGAGAAUGGACAACCACAGGAGGACUUGGCACGCCCUGAGCUGCAGCUCUCAGACUUGCUGUUAUCAGAUACAGUUAGAGAACUCCAUGAAACCAUCAACAAUGAAUGGGACUCCCUCCAACGCACUGCAUGCCAGACGGCAGCAGGAAGAGCCUUGUGGAAGCAUGUGACCCAUGACCCACUUGCAGAGGUACUUGCUGGAGAGACUUACCUGAAAAACCUCCAUGAGAAGAUGACAAGAGAUCGACUCAACAGUGCCCGUGAAGUUUCUGGAGUCAUUCUUGCUGUCCGAACCCUUUGGUUUGAUGCAAAGCUUGAAGCAGCUCUCAACUCUUUUACUGGUGGAGAUGCCCAGGUUGUUCUACUGGGUGCAGGCAUGGUUGCUAGGGCAUACCGUUUGAACUGCUUCAAAGGAAUCAACAUUUUUGAGGUUGAUUUCCCUGAGCUGCUGCACAUGAAAGCCACUCUUCUACAAGAAGCCUUGGGAUCCACCAAUGAACAUGAACAACUGAAGAUGAUAGCUAAAUCUCUAACCAGAGUAGCUGCUGAUAUCAGAGAAGAUGACUGGUCUGAAAAGCUUCAAAGAUCUGGUUUCAUUCCUGAGAACAAUACAGUAUGGAUUCUAGAAGGGAUCCUUUAUUACCUCUCCCACCCCCAAGCAUUGCAGGUACUGAAAACCAUAGCAGAGAACUGCACUUUGAUUCACACAGUCCUCCUUGCUGACUUCAUGAACAAAUCCUCCACCACACUCUCCCAAUACUUCCACUUCUAUAGUGACUGGCCUGAACAUCUUUUGCCAUCUCUUGGAUUUUCUGAUGUGAAGGUUUCACAGAUUGGAGACCCAGAUGCCAAUUUUGGCCUCACGCAUGACCCCUUAAAUCUAUUCAACAAGAUCCGCAACCUGCCCAGGUCAGUCCAAACCCACCCAGAGGAUGGAACACCAUGUAACCGCCUCUACUUGGUGCAGGCCACAGGCUCACCCAGCCAUAGCAUUCCAUAGAAGGUCAACAACUUAUAAAUAAAGACACCACACAUGAGUUCAAAGGUAAUUAAUUGUAGCAAUAUCAAAUGUAUUCCUUAAGGUAGAGAAGUAUAUAUAACGGACAUUUUCUAUUUCUUGGACCAGCUUCACAGCUUGGCUAAUUGAA